AUGAUUCGAAUCGGACAGCACAGUAGCACCAGCAGGGUCAGCAGAAUCCUUACCAGGACAUCACUCCGACCCUCGACUGUCCAUGCAAAUGUCGUCCCUCGGUACAUUUCAACCGCCCAUGCCUCAAAGUCGAGCAGCACUCAGACACCCUCGGGCUCCUGGUUUCUGGGAGCAGGCGUGGUCUUUACAGGAGUGACCCUUAUGAUCCAGUCACCCUAUCUCGGGAUCAGUGAUCGGGCCAUCCGAAACGACUCCCCAAGCAGCAGCAGCGCCAGUGAGGGCGUGACCAAAAGCGUGGGUGCCAAAUUGGCGGAGCUUGUCAAGAAGAAGCCCCCACCUAUGAAUCAGGACGAGAUUGUGCUCGAUAAGGACUUGACGGUGACGAGCUGGAAGCAGCUGGAGCAGACGGGACUGGUCACGGUGCCUGGUGUCAUGCUCUGGGGAUCGAACAAGAACGGACUCGUCGAUCCAUCUGGAAAGAGUGCAGGGGUGAUCAUGAUCCCGCAGAGACUCCAGUCCUUCCAGGGAAAGGCUCUCCGUGAUCUCAAACUGGGAGACGACGUUGCCGUGGACGAGGACGGAAAUGUGUACCAAUGGGGAUCAGGGUUCAACAGCAGCGCGCAUCAACCAGAGGUCACGCUCCGGAACCGCGAUAUCGCCCUCGUCACCCUCUGCGACACAAAGCUUUAUGGACUCUCCCGGGACGGAGUGCACGUCUAUGUGAUGCCCAAAAUCCGUCCCGCCACGGGACCGACCAAGGCUGCAAUCGAGUAUGAACCACCAAAGUCGAGUCUGUGGAGAUAUAUUGGACUGGGUGGUAAGGCAGAUGAGAAAACGGAUCCGAUGACACAGUUACCCAUCCAGGAAUUCCUGAACAAGAACGAAAAGAUCAUAUCAAUCGCGUCCGGAAAGAAUCAUGUGGUCAUGGCCACUUCCGAGGGCCGAGUCUUGGGGUCCGAGGACGGUCUUUCGGUCUCGGUGAUCGGAAACGCAGAAUUCAGACAGAGCAAAGUACUGGAGGUCGCCUGUGGAGAGGUUCACUCGCUAGCACGCGACGACCAAGGUCGCUGCUGGGCCUGGGGUAUCAAUGGAUUCGGACAGUUGGCACAGGGAGCGUACUCGCAUGCGAAUUUGAAGCUGCCCCAGCCAACUUUAGUCAAGGAUAUUGCAGGGACUGCAGGCGGCGUAGAAUGUGUGAAGGUUGCUGCGGGAGGACAGACCAGCUAUGUGGUAGUCAAGGAGGAUGAGAAAUACAAGGUCAAAUCCGCGGGCAUGGGACAGUGGGGACAGCUGGGCGAUGGCACUUACACACAUAUCCAGGGAUCGCUGGUGACUAUCACACCCCUGUCCGACCUUGCUGAAUACAAAGAAGAGGAGAAGAAGAUGAUGCCGAUUGGCAUCCAUGAUCUGGCCAUCGGAAGCACCCACGCGUUCGCAGUGCUUGACAAUGCCAGUGCAGAAUUUUCGGCUUUGCACAAGAGAGUGGUUACUCACGGCCGCGAUGUCCUGUCAUGGGGUCAGAACACAUACUAUCAGCUGCUGACGGGUAAGAGGAUCAACAGAACAGAGCCCAGCCAUGCUUUGCCAUUGGAUUCUGAGAUCCUGCAGCCCGCCGACAAGGCCAUUGCGGCCAUUGCUCAGGGUGGAAAGAAAGAACGCAAGGAGGGCACGGGAUCCUUGAGUCCAACGAACCGGUUGCAGCUAAUGCCAGCCCAACCUCGAGCUGACAAGAACGCUGGCGACUCUUCUGUGUCCCGGAAAGAGAAGGAGCAGAAAAAGAACGGAUCCAAGGAAGGGAAGGUGGAGGCGGUGGAGCUGAAGAUCGUUGCUGGGAACGGUGUUUCCGGCGUGUUUUGUAAAUCGGCCGAGCAGGCCCAUGCAUAG